AUGGCGGUGAUGGCUGCCGCCAGUGCCGCGCCGGCUGCGGCCCCCUACGAGCGGGAGGCCGCGGAGCUCACCAAGGCCGCCCUCACCGGCACCGACUUCUCCAAGCUCGAGUACCUCUGCGACACCUUCGGCCCCCGCUUCUCAGGGAGCGAGAACCAAGUGCUGGCGAUCGACUGGAUGCUCGAGAAGGACGGGCUGGCCAACGUCCGAGGCGAGCCCGUGGACGGGAUCAUCAACUGGAAGCGUGGCAAGGAGUCCCUCGAGCUGCUCCACCCUCGCCGCACCAGCAUGGCCCUCCUGGGCCUCGGCAAGUCUGCUGGGACUGGGUCCGAGGGGGUCACUGCGGAGGUGUUCGUGGUGAGCACGUUCGAGGAGCUUACGGCCAAUGCGGACAAGGCCAAGGGCAAGAUCGUGCUCUUCAACGCCCCGUUCACCACCUACGGCCAAACCGUCGCCUUCCGCUCUCGUGGCGCCGACGCCGCCUCGGCCGUUGGGGCGGUGGCUGCCUUGGUGCGUUCGGUCACGCCCUACUCGCUUUACACGCCGCACACCGGCGGGGUCAACUACUCGGACAAGCAGCCCCGCAUUCCCGCGGCCGCUGUCACGGUGGAGGACAGCGAGAUGAUGGCCCGCAUGCAGAAGCGAGGCCAAGCCGUGGUCGUGAGACUCCAGAUGGACGCCCAGAUUCUGGGUUACAAUGUUUCGUCGCGCAACGUGAUCGCCGAAGUGGUGGGCGGCGCGGACCCCGAGGGCAUCGUCUUGCUCGGCGGCCACGUGGACUCGUGGGACGUCGGCACCGGAGCAGUCGACGAUGGCGCCGGCUUCUUCUGCGCGUGGGAGGCAGUGCGAUUGAUCAACGAUCUGAUUGAGGAGAGGAAGAUCGCGCGCCCGCGUCGCACGAUUCGCUUCAUCGCCUGGGCUGACGAGGAGAUGACCGGAAGGGGAGCCGUCACCUACAAGGAGACGCACGAGCACGAGCUCAAGAGGCACCAGAUCGCUGUCGAGUCCGACAUCGGAAACUUUGAUCCCUACGGCUUUGGCUUCACCGGCAGCGCGGACGGCCUCGCCAUCUUCCGCAACCUCUCCGGGCUGCUGGAGCCGGUCAAGGUGGGCGAGAUCGUGGAGGGCGCCGGCACGACCGUGGACAACGCGCCCCUGGUCGCCGCUGGCGUGCCUGGCGGCGCGCUGCUGGACAGCAAGGGCUCCUCCCACUACUUCAACUACCACCACUCCAGCGCCGACACGAUCACAGCGCUCAACUACGAUGGAGUGCGCCGGUCGGUUGCCGCAAUGGCGGUGAUGAGCUACGUCCUCGCCGACAUUCCGGACGACCUGCCCCACGCAGCUUAG